UAAAAAAUCAAGUUAAAUAAGUUGAAAAAUGGAGAAGAUAAUUCCUGCUUUGUUUGGAUUGACGUGGAGCCAACUUACAAAACAGUCCAUGAAACUCUAAUAUUUAUGUAUAGUUUUUCUAACAAGACUUUUCUGAUCUUUCGAGAACGGAAGCGUAGAGGUGUUUUCAAAAUCCAGAAAAUAUAUAAAAUGGCCAUUUAUGAAUUUAAAAAUAAAUUAUUAUUAUUAUUAUUACUAUCCCGGAUAAACUCUUCAGUUUUUUUAGGAACUGUUCUCAACGAGGGACCUGCAAAGGGGGUCCUAGUGCAAUUAAAGCUUUCAUUUGAACUAUGGAAGCCGAACAUAGCCUUUCAACUAGACGAUCACCAAGAUAUCAAUCCUUUUCUUAUAUUAAAUGUUAAAGAAAAAAAAGUCGAUUCACACUUUUAUAGUCUCUAGCAUGACGUUGUUGGGGUUUGAACCCAAAACCUUGCUCACUAAAUGCGAACACUCUACCACAAAUCCACUGAUCGAUUUAAAAGGAUGCUCAUAUGGAAAAAUGCAAUAGUUUCGGAUGAUAAUACUUUAUUCUUUUCUUCCUCGGUUAGAAAGAUAUCGAAAGAUAUAAUAAUAUGUUUCCCUUUUAAUUUAGACAUAAUAACAUCAUAAAAACAACAAAAACAACAACACAAUAAAAGCAACAAUUGCAACCUGGUUAUCCUUGAGCAUUACCAAAACAGAUCUGUUAAACAAAUAUGUCAUUUGGAAACUCUUCUAAUUCAUCAACACCACAAUCAAUUGAGAAGGAUGUUACAUUCAGUGAAUGGUUGUUGGUAUUUGCAUUCAUAGUAAUCAUGGUGACAGGGGUGGUUGGAAACCUUUUAGUAUGUUACGUAUUUGGUGUCAAGAAAAAGUUAAAAUCCACUACUGAAUGGUUGAUUCUAUACCUAGGAGUCAUUGACCUCUUGACGUCAGUGUUUAACCCAACAUUAUACAUAUUCUGGACGCUUACGCAUUACUCUAAAUGGCCUUUUGGUUAUUAUGGUUGCAAGAUAUUACCAGCCAUUGGUCCAAUUAUGACAGCUGCUUCGGGGGGUGUGUUAUUAAUUUUUGGAAUUGAUCGUUUUCUUGCAAUAGUCACGCCAUUUUAUGGUCAGUUAUCAUUCAAAAUGGUAACUCUUGCUAAUACAAUUAAUAUGCUGCUUUCGAUAGCUUCUUUUGUGCAUUAUAUUCUGGUGUUAAAGUUAUCUCCGGAUGGGAAUCGUUGCUACGUCUCGGGAGUGCAAACAUUGGAAUAUGCAGUACCAAAUUGUUCAUUGAUUUUGUUUAGACUGGUUGCAUUCAUUGUUGUCUUUGGAGGUACAAACAUCAGUAUCUAUCUCACUUUGAAAAGAAACCAACACACCUCCACUGCCAUUGAUCUGAGAUUGCAGAGACAUGCGCAAUCGAAACGAAUCAUGCGUGUCUUAGUUACCAUGGGAAUUGUUUUCAUUUUAUUAGUAUUUCCAAGAGAACUUUUUUACCUGAUAUACAAUCUUUCAUGGGUGAACUCCAGCAGUGGCAUAGGAAGCAGCCCUACGAUAUUGCAGAUUAAUUCUUGGCUAAAAGUCAUGCAUACAGCGAACAGUUGCGCUAAUGUUUUCAUUUAUGCACAUAUGCAAACUUUAUACAGAAAGCAGAUUUUAAAAUUUCUCCAGUUCAUGGGUUGUUGUAAGUAUGGCUAUGAAUUGCAAUCGUUCUCAACGACACAUCCAUCACCAACUACAAUGUUAUUACCAUUAGGUAAAGGUUACUACGAAUGGAUUGUCAAUACGACACAACCGAAAAAGAGGACAUUCUUUCAACGUGCUCAGAAUUGGAAAAACAAUAACAACAAUAACGGAAUGGUUGUUUACAUGUGACUUAAAAAACGAAUAAAAAAUAUUGCACCUUGACGCCUCUUUGCACAUUGUUUUGGUCCCAAGGCAAGUUAGGACUGAAAACAAAUUUAAUUUCUUGUAAUAUUUAAAUUUUAUAUUUUAUAAAUUUGUAGACAUUUUUUUCUUUUUAUUAAUACAUGCGUGAUUGACGAAAAG